AUGGCUGCAGUUCGACAGCAAGAUGGUUCGCACACUCUGCCGACUUCUCGUCCACGACAACGACCAUCUUUGGUGAACACCUUCGGGGCGACCACAGAGAGUCCAUUCGAAGAAAUGUCCCAUGAAAAGCGGCUGGAUGACAGUUCAUUUACAUUACGCGGUCGAGAGGAUUCGCUUGGACUGAGUAUGAGCCCUCAGUUGAAUUCACGUGAUCCAUCAGUCACCUUCGCCUGUUCCACUUUAGGACGAUCUACUUCUCCAGACACAAUUUCAAAUGGUACACCAACCGGUCGAGCACCUCUUGCUAUGCCAGAGGAGCUAACUGGUAGCACGUCGACGAGUAUUCUGAGCUCCAGUGUCUCCCCUGAACGAGACGCCGUUUCGCGACUAAUCUCGUCCAACAACAGCGCUGCGAAUUCUUCGACACCACAAGCGGAUGACGAUCGAUUGGACCCGAACGAUCGUUCCAGUACCGAUUUUUCCCUUUCGACUCUGACAGUGAACUACUCCGAUGGACCUCCAUCACCGGAUUCGUCACGGAGUAAAAUAUUCAAUACGCUGUGCUCAAAUUCUGAACUGGGCGACAAACUGGCUAUGUCCAAGCAAUUUCCGCUUUCGCCUUCUGCAACAGAAUGUAGUAGCGGAACGAUGGCAUCGUCCUGUUCACUACCUAUGGUUUCCCAAAUAUCGACCACUCCACCGUCAGAUUCGUCUUUCUAUAAGCUUUACCAUCAGAACAGCGCUUCUAGUGCCGAGACAAGUCCACCUGUUGGCGUAAAAUUGCGUCCUCAAUGGGAAUCGGCGACUAUCCGAGCUUUAGAGAGGCAGUCUAGUAAAGGAAGCGAGAAUCAGUCUAUCAACGAGCUGGACGAAUGGAAGAAGAUUGACGACAUCUUGUCAUCAUUUGGUGGAGCUGUGUGUCGUGAAUCGGUAUUCGCUGCCAACUAUGAGCCCCAGGUCGCUGUAUUUCUUCGAGAUCGUCGAUCUCAGGCUCUCACACUCCAGCUCACUUCACCACCGUCGGCCACUCGUCUCAGUUCCUGCACUGCCUCGUCCUCGUCGUAUAAGUUCGAUCCUGAUUGUGCCAAUAUGAGCCACUGGCUGUGCACAACGGUCGGCUUACCAAAUCAAAAGGCUAAUGAAGUAGGUCGAAUACUGACGAAGGCAGGAUUUGACAAAACCACGCAGCUGGAGGGUUGUCUCACAGCAAGAGAGCUCACUGCCUUAGGAAUCGACAAGUCUAUUCAACAACAGAUUCUUUCCUAUCUGGCAACUGUUAACAGUACCAGGCCUAACGCUAAUAGUUUCAAUUACGUCUCCGACUGGUUAUGCUCCUUGGAGUUAACGGAUUAUCUUGGAAAUUUUGUUACUGCUGGUUUGAAAUCGAUGUUGAUUGUAAGGACAGCAGAUCUUACGAGGGAUCAUUUAGAGAAGAUGGGUAUAACUCUACCGGGACACAUUGCACGUAUUCUUCACUCUUUGAUGGAGGCUAAAAUAGAAGAAGCGUGCCAAAGGAGCGAACGGUUAAGGGAAAUGCGACGUGCUGUCACAUCAACCACGCCAACGUCAAGUAUUUUGAAGGAAACAUCCUCUGAGGAAAGUACGUCAGCCUUUGAAUGUGCCGACAUUGGUGGGAACGAGGUUGUGAAAUGUGACUUAUUGCAUGGCCACGCCUCCUUCUCAGCUCACUAUCUUGGCAGUAUGGAAAUUUCUAAUAUCGAUGGUACUGAGGAAAGCCGACGAGCGAUGGCCAAGCUUAAGCAGUUAGCCGUGGAGCACGAGAUUUCUCACAUACAAAUUGUUUGCCAAGAUGAAAGGGAUUUGAAUUGCUUUACAUACAUAUCUCAGGAUGCCGAGAAAAACUUAUGUCACGUGUUCUGUGUUUUGACGGCAGAUGUUGCAACGGAGAUAAUCGUUACAUUGGGGCAAGCGUUUGAACUCGCUUAUAAACUUCAAAAUGGUGUAGCACUCGAGGAAAUUGCAAACGUCUAG